AUGGCGAUGUCUGUUGCAGCCACAACAAUUCGCUCACUGAGGUCGGACAACACUACCUCCUUAUCAGCAUCUUCGUCUUCUUCCUCGAAGCUUUCGUACUUGUCCUCUCUGCAAUUUCCUCGACAGCUUGGCCGUAUUCCUAUUGGAAACAGAGGGUUCACCUCUCUUUCUCGGCCUCGAAUUCUUCCUCUGGUGGUUGAGGCAAAGAAGGAAACAUUUUCUUCCUUCGAUGAUUUGCUGGCAAAUUCUGACAAACCUGUACUGGUUGACUUUUAUGCAACUUGGUGUGGUCCUUGUCAAUUUAUGGUCCCUAUCCUCAAUGAAGUUGGUGCUAAGAUGAAAGAUAAGAUCCAGGUGGUGAAAAUUGACACCGAAAAGUACACAAGCAUUGCGGACAAGUACAAAAUAGAGGCAUUGCCAACUUUCAUCAUAUUUAAGGAUGGGAAACCCUCUGAUCGCUUUGAAGGAGCUUUGAAUGCAAACCAGCUUAUCCAACGCGUUGAGGCCUCACUAGAAGAUAAGCAGUAG